CACGAUGUUCGAUCUCCGUCUUCCACCAAUCGCCAAUGGUUACCCACAAAACCCCUCGUAUCUUUUAUUGCCUCUUCGUCUUCUUCGCCUGUUACGUUUCCCCUUCCUUCUCCCGCGUUUCCCUCUCCGUGUCCCCGGCGACCCUCACCCGGGCCAACCGCACCGUCACCGUGCGGUGGUCCGGCGUCGACUCGCCAUCGGAUCUGGACUGGCUCGGCGUCUACUCCCCGCCGGACUCCGCUAACGACGAGUUCAUCGGCUACGUCUUCCUCAACGCCUCCGACGGCUGGCGCUCCGGUUCCGGCUCCGUCGAUAUCCCCCUCGUAAACCUCCGCGCCAACUACGUCUUCCGCGUCUUCCGAUGGAAGCGCGAGGAGGUCAACUACCGCCACCACGACCACGAUCACAACCCGCUUCCAGGGACCCGCCACCGCCUGGCCGCCUCGGAGGAGGUCCGGUUCGAGACCGCAGCGGGGCCGGACCAGAUCCACCUCUCCUUCACGGACCGGGAGGACGAGAUGCGGGUGAUGUUCGUGACGGCGGACGGGGCGGAGAGCUUCGUGAGCUAUGGGCUGGACGCGGCGCGGUUGGAUCAUAUCGCGGCGACGGCGGUGAGGAGGUAUGAGAGGAAAGACAUGUGUGAUUUCCCGGCGAAUUCAAGCAUCGGGUGGAGGGAUCCCGGAUCCAUACAUGAUGGCGUCAUGAAGAAUUUGGAGAAGGGGAAGAAGUAUUACUACACGGUUGGCAGUGAUGCAGGAGGUUGGAGUCCAAUCCAUAGCUUUAUAUCCCGCGACAGUGAUUCAAAUGAGACAAUAGCCUUUCUGUUUGGAGACAUGGGAACUUACACUCCAUAUGCGACCUUCUACCGCAUACAAGAGGAGAGCAGAUCGACUGUGAAGUGGAUUCUUCGUGACAUUGAAUCCCUCGGUGACAAGCCUAUGUUUGUUUCUCACAUUGGGGACAUCAGCUACGCCAGAGGCUUUGCCUGGAUAUGGGAUGAGUUCUUCAAUCAGAUUGAGCCUAUAGCUUCUAGGAUCCCCUACCAUGUGUGCAUAGGCAACCAUGAGUAUGACUGGCCAACACAACCUUGGCGACCAGAAUGGUCCUACGGUGUAUAUGGAAAGGAUGGUGGAGGUGAAUGUGGUGUUCCAUACAGCAUCAGAUUCAAAAUGCCUGGGAAUUCUUCAUUUCCAACAGGGACUGGAGCACCAGACACUCAGAACCUUUACUUUUCGUUCGAUGCUGGUGUUGUACAUUUUCUCUAUAUAUCAACUGAAACCAAUUUCCUCCGAGGCAGUGACCAGUACAACUUCAUAAAGGCUGAUUUGGAGAGCGUUGACAGAAACAAAACACCUUUUGUUGUUGUCCAAGGCCAUCGUCCCAUGUACACAAGUAGUAAUGAGCUAAGGGAUGCUCCAAUGAGGGAGAGAAUGCUUGAGAACCUGGAACCCCUCUUGGUGCAGAACAAUGUAACCCUUGCUUUAUGGGGCCAUGUUCAUAGGUAUGAGAGGUUCUGCCCUCUGAAAAACUUCAGAUGUGCGGAUGUGACAUCCAACUUUACAUCCAUUGGUGGCGCACCAGUGCACCUUGUAAUCGGAAUGGCAGGGCAAGAUUGGCAGCCAAUCUGGGAGCCGAGGCCUGAUCAUACUGAUGUUCCAAUCUAUCCUCAACCUGAAAGAUCUAUGUAUCGGGGUGGUGAGUUUGGCUAUACACGGCUUGUUGCUACCAGGGAGAAGUUAACUCUGAGCUACAUUGGAAACCACGAUGGACAAGUACAUGAUAUGGUGGAAAUUUUAUCUGGCCAAAUUCUGAAGAGUGUCAAUGACGAUGAAAAAAUUCUGGAAAGUGGUGGCGAUGGUGUGCUUGUGGUGUCUGUUUUCCCAUGGUAUGUGAAAGCCACAAGUGUGUUGGUUGUGGGCAUCCUUGUGGGAUAUGUUCUCGGUCUUAUAACUCGUUGCAAGAGGGAUUCUUUAGAACGUUCUCAAUGGACUCCUGUGAAGAGCGAAGAGAUGUGAAGUCUUAGGAUGAAGAAUUAGUAGAACUCUGCAGCAUCAAAAACAAUGAAAGGUUUGAUUUGUGUUACUCACCUGGAUCAAUAGAGAAUUCAUAAUUGCUUGUCGAGAUAAAUUAUGUGAAGCUGGAGUUUCUGUACAACCGCCCCCAUGUAUGCAUCUGCCAAAGAGCUGCCUUCUGGUACCUUUCAUCUUUAGGGUGUGCUGUAAGACAUUCAAGUUCUAGAGAUGUAUGUACUGCAUCUAUAAAACAUUUUAUGGCUUAUUAUGUAAUGGUGAUUCGGAUUCAUCUCAUGGUAUAUAUUGCUGUUUUUGGAUCUUAAAGAAAUGAAAGUGGUUUAGCCUUCA